AUGAGAAUUAAAGAUGAAGUUUCAUCUUCAUUAAAAGCAAAGAUAUUUAUAUUCCAUAAAUGAUAGCAUCAUCAUUUAUGACAAUUAAGUAAUUAGUCUUAUGUAUAUAUGGCCAGCAAAAGUUUAUUAUAAAAGAGGAAGGCAUAUUGGGAGAUACAAGAGUUUGUAGGAGAAAUUUAAGAUGAAGGUGAUGAAGAUGGUGACGGUUGUGAUGCUUUUCAUGGUGGUGGUGGUGAUGGCCGGAGAUGUGACUUAUGAUGGCAGGUCAUUGAUCAUCAAUGGUAGUAGAAGGAUGUUGUUCUCCGGUUCUAUUCAUUAUCCUCGUAGCACUCCUGAGAUGUGGCCAUAUCUUAUAUCUCAAGCCAAAGAUGGUGGCCUUGAUGUCAUUCAAACCUAUGUUUUUUGGAAUGUUCAUGAACCAAUUCAAGGCCAGUUUAACUUUCAAGGUAGAUAUGAUUUAGUGAGGUUCAUCAAGGAAAUCAGAGAUCAAGGCCUCUAUGUAAGCCUUAGGAUUGGUCCCUUCAUUGAAUCUGAAUGGAAAUAUGGGGGUUUUCCAUUUUGGUUACACGAUAUUCCAGGCAUUGUUUUUCGAUCAGAUAACGAACCUUUUAAGUUUCAAAUGCAAAAAUUUGUUUCAAUGAUAGUAAACAUGAUGAAGUCAGAGGAACUCUAUGCAUCUCAAGGAGGCCCCAUUAUUUUAUCUCAGAUUGAGAAUGAGUACCAAAACGUGGAAGGAGCAUUCCAUGAGAAAGGACCUCCCUAUGUAAAAUGGGCAGCAUCAAUGGCUACAAGCCUCAACACUGGUGUUCCAUGGAUCAUGUGCAAGCAAGAUGAUGCUCCUGAUCCUCUGAUUAAUACAUGCAAUGGGUUGAGAUGUGGAGAAACUUUUGUAGGACCAAACAGACCUUACAAGCCAGCAUUGUGGACUGAAAAUUGGGUUUCUCUGUAUCAAGUAUUUGGAGAGGAACCAUAUAAAAGAAGUGCUCAAGAUAUUGCCUUUCAUGUUGCACUAUUCAUUGCCAAAAUGAAUGGAAGCUUUGUGAACUACUACAUGGUAUAUUUAUUGUUAUCAUGGGGAACAAACUUUGGAAGGUUCGCUUCGGCGUAUGUUAUUACUAGUUACUAUGAUGAAGCUCCUCUUGAUGAAUAUGGUUUGAUUCGGCAGCCGAAAUGGGGUCAUCUUAAGGACUUGCACGCUGCAGUGAAACAAUCCUCUGAAGCAUUGCUUUCAGGAAAACCGACAAGCUUUUCACUUGGCCAAGCUCAGCAGGCAUAUGUUUUUCAAGCAAAUUCCGAAAUAUGCGCAGCUUUUCUCAUGAACAAUGACUCGAAACAAGCGAGUGUGGUGUUUCAGAAUGGAAAUAUGAGCUGCCGGGAAAAAUCAAUAAGCAUAUUGCCAGACUGCAGAAAUGUUGUUUUCAAUACUGCAACAGUGAAAGUUCAAGUUGGUAUGAGAUCAUCUAGAGUAAUACUGCACCUCAAUGAUGUGCAGAAUUGGGGAGCAUUUGCCGAUGGAGUCUCAGAUAUUACUGAUGCUUCAUUCACACAGCAGAGUCUUCUUGAGCAAUUGAAUGUCACAAAGGACGAAACAGAUUAUCUCUGGUACACAACCAGCUACAACUUUGCGUCAGAUGAUGAUCAACUUGUUCUUUGGGUCAAUUCAACUGCUCAUGUUUUGCAUGCAUUUGUGAAUGAUGAAUUUGUAGGAAGUCAGCAUGGAAGUCAUAAAUCCCCUGGUGUCACAUUUGAGAAACCGGUCUCGUUGAAAAAUGGCAAGAAUGACAUCUCAUUGUUGAGUGUUAUGGUUGGAUCCCCGGAUUCCGGCGCAUACCUUGAGCGUAGAGUUCUUGGACUUAGACAAGUGAAAAUUCGAGGAAUUAAAAGUGUUAGAGAUCUCAGCAAUCAAGUAUGGGGAUACAAGAUUGGUUUACAAGGCGAAAGUACAGAAAUUUACACCAAAGAAGGAUCAGAAAAAGUAGAGUGGAAAUCAAUCGAUAUAUUUGCUCAUCAACGCCUUAUUUGGUACAAGACAACAUUUGAUGCUCCAUCAGGGAAAGACCCAGUGGCAGUGAACCUUGGAAGCAUGGGAAAAGGAGAGGUUUGGAUCAACGGGGAAAACAUCGGUCGAUAUUGGAUCUCCUUCCAAACUCCUAAUGGACAUCCUUCUCAAACAUUGUAUCACAUUCCUCGCUCUUUUCUGAAACCUUUAGGGAACUUGCUUGUGUUAUUUGAAGAGGAAGUAGGAAAUCCAACUGAGAUCACAUUGGAGACAAUAUCUGUUGCUAAUGCAUGAGCAAACAGUGAUAUCAAAAUGGCUCACCUCCAUAAUUUGGUGCUUGUGAAGAGUCUUCUCUGGGAAAAGGAUGUGUUCUGGCACUUGAAAGUCUCUGUUGGUUGUGGCCAAAUGCAGGUGAAUUCAGUAAUCAACAUUCAUUAAUUCAUGUCAGUAAAUUGGGAUUAAUCAUCAGUGUUUGAAUUUAUUUGUUUUUUUUUUUUUCAUUUCUAAUUCUCUGAUGAUUAUAUCAAUAAA